GCAGGGGCUGCGGCUGCCACGUUGGAGCGGAACGUGGAGGUGGCCCUGGGCAGGGGAGGAGGGGCGGCGGCGAAUCCUGAGAGUCUGACCGGCGCGGUGCUAACGCAGAACCGGUCGCUGAGGGUCCCGGGCAGUUGUGUCCGCCUGUUGCCUUCUGUCCUCUUCGACCGCCAUCGGGCCUUGAAGUUGUGCCCAGGAAGCUAGGACCCCGGCCUGGGUCUCUGUUGGCUCUGCCAGCCUGAGGCCCGGUCUCCGGUGACUACGCGCCCCUGGUCUUGGUUUCGGGCCCAACGGGACAACGUCAGGCUUCGAGACUCCUUCGGUGUUCUUGCCCGUCAACAGCCGCCGACGAGUCCAACGUCUAGCACCAGUUCCCCAGAGGAUUACGACAGGGUUUCCUGCCGGGCAUUCUCAGCCGGGUUGGUACCUGGAGUUUGAGGUUAGGAGACCUUCGGACCCAGUGCACAAAGAGGAUGAAGUUAAAAGAGGUAGAUCGCACAGCCAUGCAGGCAUGGAGCCCUGCCCAGAACCACCCCAUUUACCUAGCUACAGGAACAUCUGCUCAGCAGUUGGAUGCAACAUUUAGUACCAAUGCUUCCCUUGAGAUAUUUGAAUUAGAUCUUUCAGAUCCAUCCUUGGAUAUGAAAUCUUGUGCUACUUUCUCUUCUCACAGGUACCACAAGUUGAUUUGGGGGCCUCAUAAGAUGGAUUCCAAAGGAGAUGUCUCUGGAGUUCUGAUUGCAGGUGGUGAAAAUGGAAAUAUUAUUCUUUAUGAUCCUUCUAAAAUUAUAGCUGGAGACAAGGAAGUUGUGAUUGCCCAGAAUAAUAAACAUACUGGUCCAGUGCGAGCAUUGGAUGUGAACAUUUUUCAGACUAAUCUGGUAGCUUCUGGUGCUAAUGAAUCUGAAAUCUACAUUUGGGAUCUAAACAACUUUGCAACUCCAAUGACACCAGGAGCCAAAACACAGCCCCCAGAAGAUAUCAGCUGCAUUUCAUGGAACAGACAAGUUCAGCAUAUUUUAGCAUCAGCCAGUCCCAGUGGCAGGGCCACUGUAUGGGAUCUUAGAAAAAAUGAACCAAUCAUCAAAGUCAGUGAUCAUAGCAACAGGAUGCAUUGCUCUGGAUUGGCAUGGCAUCCUGAUGUUGCUACUCAGAUGGUCCUUGCUUCUGAGGAUGACAGAUUGCCCGUGAUUCAGAUGUGGGAUCUUCGAUUUGCCUCUACUCCACUCCGUGUCCUGGAAAACCAUGCCAGGGGGAUUUUGGCAAUUGCUUGGAGCAUGGCAGAUCCUGAAUUGUUACUGAGCUGUGGAAAAGAUGCUAAGAUUCUGUGCUCUAACCCAAACACGGGAGAGGUGUUAUAUGAACUUCCCACCAACACACAGUGGUGCUUUGAUAUUCAAUGGUGUCCUCGAAAUCCUGCUCUCUUAUCAGCUGCUUCCUUUGAUGGGCAUAUCAGUGUUUAUUCUAUCAUGGGAGGUAGCACAGAUGGUUUAAGGCAGAAACAAGUUGACAAGCUUUCAUCAUCUUUUGGGAAUCUUGAUCCUUUUGGCACAGGACAGCCGCUUCCUCCAUUACAAAUUCCGCAGCAGACAACUCAACAUAGUAUAGUGCUGCCUCUAAAGAAGCCACCCAAAUGGAUCCGAAGACCUGUUGGUGCUUCCUUCUCAUUUGGAGGCAAACUGGUUACUUUUGAGAAUGUCAAAGUUCAGUCUCAGCAGGGAGCUGAGCAGCAGCAGCAGCAGCAUGUGUUCAUUAGUCAAGUGGUAACAGAAAAGGAAUUUCUUAACCGAUCGGACCAACUACAGCAGGUCAUGCAGUCACAAGGAUUUAUCAGUUACUGCCAGAAAAAAAUUGAUGCUUCUCAGACCGAGUUUGAGAAAAAUGUGUGGUCCUUCUUGAAGGUGAAUUUUGAGGAUGAUUCUCGUGGAAAAUACCUUGAGCUUCUUGGAUAUAGGAAAGAUGAUCUAGGAAAGAAGAUUGCUUUGGCCUUGAACAGAAUGGAUGGAUCUGAUGUGGCUCUUAAAGAUUCUGACCAAGUUACACAGAGUGAUGGGGAGGAGAGUCCUGCUGCUGAAGAGCAGGUCUUGGGAGAGCACAUUAAAGAGGAAAAACAUGAAUAUGAAUUUCUACCCUCCUCUGGGGGAACAUUUAAUAUCUCCAUCAGUGGGGAUAUUGAUGGUUUAAUUACUCAGGCUUUACUGACGGGUAAUUUUGAGAGUGCUGUUGACCUUUGUUUACAUGAUAACCGAAUGGCUGAUGCCAUUAUAUUGGCCAUAGCAGGUGGACAAGAACUCUUGGCUCGAACCCAGAGAAAAUACUUUGCAAAAUCCCAAAGUAAAAUUACCAGGCUCAUCACUGCAGUGGUGAUGAAGAAUUGGAAAGAGAUUGUUCAAUCCUGUGAUCUUAAAAAUUGGAGAGAGGCUUUAGCUGCAGUAUUGACGUAUGCUAAACCAGAUGAAUUUUCAGCCCUGUGUGAUCUUUUGGGAGCCAGGCUUGAAAGUGAAGGAGAUAGCCUCCUGCAGACUCAGGCAUGUUUGUGCUACAUUUGUGCAGGGAAUAUAGAGAAACUAGUUGCAUGUUGGACUAAAGCUCAAGAUGGUAGCAACCCACUGUCCCUUCAGGAUCUAAUCGAGAAAGUUGUCAUCCUGCGGAAAGCUGUACAACUCACGCAAGCCAUGGACACUAAUACUGUAGGAGUUCUCUUGGCUGAAAAGAUGAGUCAGUAUGCCAAUUUGUUAGCAGCCCAGGGCAGUAUUGCCGCAGCCUUGGCUUUUCUUCCUGACAACACCACCCAGCCAAACAUUGUGCAGCUUCGCAACAGACUUUGUAGAGCACAAGGAGAGCCUAUACCAGGACAGGAAUCACCUAAAAUUCCUUACGAGAGGCAGCAGCUAUCUAAGGGCAGGCCUGGACCAAUUGCUGGCCACCCACAGAUGCAAAGAGUUCAAACUCAACAAUAUUAUCCCCAUGUGAGUAAUAUGAUAGGUUCAAUUUCAUUUUCUUUCUUUCRGGAUUCUAAAGGAAAAUGUCCUCUAUUUAUUCUAGGUCCUCAGAAUGGUUGGAAUGAUCCUCCAGCUUUGAACAGAGUACCCAAGAAGAAGAAGAUGCCUGAAAACUUCACGCCUCCUGUACCCAUCACAUCGCCAAUCAUGAAUCCUUUGGGUGACCCCCAGUCACAGAUGCUGCAGCAGCAACCUUCAGCUCCAGUACCACUGUCAAACCAAGCUUCUUUCCCACAGCCACAUCUUGCAGGUGGCCAGCACUUCCAUGGUAUACAGCAACCUCUUGGUCAGACAGGCAUGCCACCAGCUUUCUCAAAGCCCAAUAUUGAAGGUGCUCCAGGGGCUCCAAUUGGAAAUACCAUCCAGCAUGUGCAGUCAUUGCCAACAGAAAAAAUUACUAAGAAACCUAUUCCAGAUGAGCACCUCAUUCUAAAGACCACAUUUGAGGAUCUUAUUCAGCGCUGCCUCUCUUCAGCCACAGAUCCUCAAACCAAGAGGAAACUAGAUGAUGCCAGCAAACGUUUGGAGUUUCUAUAUGAUAAACUUAGGGAACAAACACUUUCACCAACAAUCAUCAAUGGUUUACACAACAUUGCAAGGAGCAUUGAAACUCGAAACUACUCAGAAGGUUUGACCAUCCAUACCCACAUAGUUAGCACCAGCAACUUCAGUGAGACCUCUGCUUUCAUGCCAGUUCUCAAAGUUGUUCUCACCCAAGCCAAUAAGCUUGGUGUCUAAAAAGACAGCUUCACUCCCAGCCAAUUUUGCCACUUUUCCAAAGAAACAUGUUAAGAAAAAUAUUGUAAGACAUGGACCAAUCCUCAUUAGCAUGUUUCCAUAGCAGCCAGUCAGGAACAUUUAUAUUAUUUCUGCAGAUAUACUCACUUUAAAACUGCUCAAAACCUUGGUGCUUUCUUUUGUUUUAAUCUUUUGUUGCACAUUAUGAUUUUCCUAUUCUGCAAAUAGUGUAUUUCCUGGAUUACACAUAGUAUGGUUUUCUGAGGUAUUCUGACAGAAUGUGGUUUUUAAACCUUACUCUUUUUAGAAAAAUUGCAUCUGGUUAUGCAUAAAGCAAAGCUAAAACUAAAUUUCUUUCAUGUCCUCCCUACUUUGUCCAUGUCGAUCAGAUUAAAGUGUGUAAUCCUA